GCUUCCUGCCGUUCCAACAAUGGCAGCGCCCGUAGCUAUUCAUCUGGAGUUUGGAGGCGGAGCGGAGCUGCUUUUCAGUGGCGUGAAGGAACAUCAUGUGACCCUUCCAAGCCAAGAGGAACCUUGGGACUUGAAGCAGCUGCUGGUCUGGAUCCAACGGAACCUGCUGAAGGAACGACCCGAGCUCUUUGUUCAGGGAGACUCCGUGAGGCCUGGGAUACUGGUGCUUAUCAAUGAUGCGGACUGGGAGCUAAUGGGAGAACUGGACUACAAACUGCAAGAUCAAGACAACAUUGUUUUUAUUUCAACUCUCCACGGAGGAUAAAUGGCCAGGAGAACAAAUGUAUCCAUGACACAUAAAUAAUGUUCAAGCCUUCUCUCAUCACAUCCCAAACACCUCCUCAAUGGAUGCUUACGAUGUGUCGGCUUGCACCCUCGCCACUGAUACAGUUGAUGGUGUUCAGUGGAAUGAAGAGAAGGGAAAAACUGGACUUUUUUUGUCUUUUCUAAAUUGAAGCGGUCAUAUUAAAGGAAAUGUUCUGGUUUAACCCCAUCAAAAAAACAGACUUUUCUGUCACCAGAAGAUGCAACAAAAUACACAUAAAUCUUUGCAGACCGUUAAGCAUCUUUGAGAUCUUUUAAAAGCGGUCUAUAAAUAAAUUGAUAAUUAUUAUUAGCAUUCCUGAACAGCAUAUAAACAUGUAAUGAGUUUAUAUGUCAACUUGACAUGAUUACACAUUUGUGAGACUAUCAUUUUUUUGUGUUUAUGCUCAAGCAAUUUUGGAUUAUUUGCAGUUUUAGUUUCACAUGAAAAUAUCAUUAGAUCUCUUCACAGAUACCUUACAUUGUGUUAUAAACUACUCAUUCUCUUGUUUUUUUUAUUUCAUAUAAAGUAAAAACAUGUUUUUUCUC